AUGGACCAAACAUUAGUGAAUGAGCUUAAAUCUCAACCGAGGGAUGAGUUACUGUUUCGUAAGGGCGAGGCAGGCGUAGGGCUCCCCAAAUUGCGGACCGCUUAUAUCGCACUGGGGAGCAAUCUCGGCGAUCGCGUGGCCAUGAUCGAGCAGGCGUGUAAGGAAAUGGAUAUGCGCGGCAUCAAGGUGAAGCGGACAAGCAGCUUGUGGGAGACCGAACCUAUGUAUGUGCUUGAUCAAGAGAGGUUUGUCAAUGGAGCCUGCGAAGUAGAAACAGAGCUAGAGCCCUUAUCUCUUCUGGAUGCUCUGCAAGACAUAGAAAAAUCUAUGGGACGACGGAAGAUCAUAGAUAAGGGGCCGCGCAACAUCGAUUUAGACAUUCUCCUAUAUGAGAACGAGACCGUGGCUCAUUCCCGGUUGCAGAUCCCCCAUCCUCUAAUCGCCGAACGCGAGUUCGUGCUCCGGCCCCUAGCAGAGCUGAUCCCGCAUCGCCCUCUUGACUCCAAUCGCCCCUGGAAGUUAAUCCAGGACUACUUGAACGAGCUACCUCUUCCCGCGAAUGGAAGCACUGAGCCCCUAUCAACUCUUACGCCGCUACGUGUGUCCGUAACCCCUCUUAAUGCGCUACGUUCUACAAGGCAAACCCAAGUCAUGGCCAUCCUCAACGUGACGCCAGACUCGUUCAGUGAUGGCGGUGUGCAUCUUCCCCAGUCGGAGGUCAACCCUGACAGUGGCCUAUCUUCAUCGUCCCUACCCUCUCCUGAAUACCUCGCACGUUUACGGUCAGCAAUCCAGCACUUCAUCGCUAGCGGCGCGACAUUAAUCGACGUUGGGGGCCAGUCAACCGCUCCAGGGGCACCCGAAGUCAGUGUGACCGAGGAACUCGGCCGCGUGCUUCCCGCUAUCUCCCUAAUUCGCAGCAUACCCGAGGCAGCACAUGUGUCGAUAAGCGUGGACACGUACCGAGCUGCCGUUGCCGAAGCUGCAGUAGCCGCAGGUGCUGAUAUCGUGAACGACGUAUCAGCAGGCCUUCUCGAUGAGGAAAUGCUAUCAACUGCUGCUCGCCUAGGCUGCACCGUGUGUCUGAUGCACAUGCGCGGCACACCAGCGACGAUGAGUCGUCUGAACGAAUACCCAGAUGGACUCAUCCCCACGCUUGCGGAAGAGCUCCGUGCUCGCGUCAAGGCAGCCGAGGAAGCCGGCAUCCGCCGUUGGCGCAUCAUCCUGGAUCCCGGUAUGGGCUUCGCCAAGGUUGGCAACCAGAAUCUCGAGAUCCUGCGGCACAUGCCCGAACUACGGCGAUGGCCUGGCCUAGAGGGUCUCCCCUGGCUGCUGGGUUCGAGCCGUAAGAGUUUCGUCGGCAAAAUCACCGGUGUACCGAACCCCGGGGACCGUGUCUUCGGAACUGCGGCCACCGUCACGGCCGCGGUGCAAGGCGGCGCAGACAUCGUGCGCGUUCACGACGUUCUCGAGAUGGCGCAAGUCGUGCUGAUGGCAGAUGCUAUUUACCGCCAUUGA